AUGCCUCUCUUCAAGGCGAAUGGAAAGUCACUCACCACGGCGCCGGACGGGACCAUCACCGUCAUCCAUAGGUUAGCCUACCUUCGACGCAUCGUGACCGACUUCAUCAAAACCUUCUUCCUCUUAGGACUUAGUAUCUUCCUCCUACCCAUCAGCUAUGCUAUCGCCAUCAUCCUCACCGAAGUGCCACCGUCAGUCCUCGCCUAUUUACAGCCCUUCUCCCGCUCAACAUUGAGCGGUGCCCUCUUCCAUCGGACCCAAUGCCGCGCGAAGCCCACCUUCAGGCAGCGGACCGUCCUCGUCACGGGCGUGGGCAUGACCAAAGGCCUGACGCUGGCCCGGGCAUUCUGGCUGUGUGGGCACCGCGUCGUGGCAGCCGACUUUGACGUCGGUGCAUGUGCUGCCUGGACGCCUUGGAAAAAGGGAAAAUGGACGCACAGCCUGGCCUUUGACGCGGUCUACCCGCUGCGGAGACCUGUGGUGGAAGACGACAUGGAUGAGAGUGAGAAGCAAGAAGUGAGGAGAUCGUACAUCAGUGAUAUCUGCAACAUCGUCAAGGACGAAGGAGUCGAUCUGUGGGUUUCGUGCUCGGGCGUCGCGAGCGCAGUGGAGGACGCCAUGGUGAAGGAGGCGCUGGACCAGAUGUCCCCACAGGACGGACGGAGCUGUGCAUGCAUACAGUUUGACGUGCCCACGACAUCAACUCUGCACGAGAAGUCAACCUUCAUCCAGCAUACCAAGGCCCUCAAGCUCGCCGUCCCCGAGACGUUCGACGUCACGUCGCACGGCGAGGUCCUAGACGCACUCGCCUCCGCGACGAAAGAGAAUCCGCAUAGGAAGUUCAUUCUCAAGCCCGUAGGCAUGGACGACGCUAACCGUGCCAACAUGACGCUCUUCCCCCUCCCUAACCCUCACGACACCGAGAUCUGCGUCCGCCGCCGCGACAUCUCGGCUAAGAGACCCUGGGUUCUGCAGCAGUUCAUCCAAGGUGGUAGGGAGUACUGCACGCACGCGCUGGUCGUCGCUGGCGCCGUCAGGGUCUUUGCUGCGUGUCCCAGUAGCGAGCUCCUGAUGCACUACGAGGCCCUCCCGCCCGGUGACCCCCUAGCCGCGGAGAUGCUGCGCUUCACCACCAGGUUCGCCGCAGCCGCGGGAACGGGCUUCACGGGCCACUUGAGCUUUGACUUCAUGGCUGAGGAGGAUGAUGACGGCCAACAGAGGCUGUACGCGAUUGAGUGCAACCCGCGGGCUCACACCGCGGUGGCGCUGUUCGCGCAGCCCGGCGAGCGGAUGAGAGGAAUGGUGGAGGCGUACAUGUCUGCCGUGAAUGGGUCUUUGGAGCCGUUGAAGGAGGACAACUUUGAUGUCCCUGCGGAACUGGUCUGGACGCCGGCGAACGCGAGGCCUCGAUACUGGAUCGGUCACGACCUUGUUACAAGGGGGGUGCUGCCGUGGUUGGACCUACUUCUGCAGACACCACACUCUGGUAGGCUACUCGUCGACCAUACAGCGGAGCUCGUGCAACACCUAUUAUACUGGAAGGACGGCACCUUUGAGCUUUGGGAUCCGUGGCCAUUUGUGGCGCUGUACCAUCACUACUGGCCACAGGCAAUACUGGCUGCGUGGCGAAAGGGGGAGCGGUGGAGCCGGCUCAACGUGAGCACGACCAAGUUGUUUAUAUGUUAG